CUUUCCCGAGCGUAGAAAGGGCCCGGCUGCGGCUUCGGCCGGCCGUCGCCCUCCCUCUCUAGAGCGGGAGGAGCCCGCACUUCCGCGGGGCGGGGUCUGUCCAGUGCUGACGUUGGCAGCCGAACCCGGACUAGUUCGAGGCUGCCGGCUGCGCCGUCCGGUGGUUGCGCUCUUGCCUCUCGGCCCUGCGGCCCGCUCUCACCACCGCUCCCGCCCGGCGCGCCGCCCCUCGGCUGCCCUGACCGCCGCGAUCGGCGGCUGCCGGUGCUCUGCUGCUCCAGCGCUCGGCGUCCAGGCCCGGUGGCCGCAGGCGGCGUAGGCACCGCGAGCCGAGCUUCCCGGUGACCCGGGAGCGGCGAGCGAGCGAGUCCGUGGGGUUCUUGGGGCAGGUGGCGCCGCGAAGAUGGUCGCCAAGCAGAGGAUCCGUAUGGCGAACGAGAAGCACAGCAAGAACAUUACUCAGCGUGGCAACGUCGCCAAGACCUCGAGAAAUGCCCCCGAAGAAAAGGCAUCGGUAGGACCCUGGUUACUGGCCCUCUUCAUUUUUGUUGUUUGUGGCUCUGCAAUUUUCCAGAUUAUUCAAAGUAUCAGGAUGGGCAUGUGAAGUGACUGACCUUAAGAUGUUUCCAUUCUCCUGUGAAUUUUAACUUGAACUCAUUCCUGAUGUUCGAUGCCCUGGUUAAAAACAAUUCAGUAAAUCAUCCUGCCUCAGAAUGACUUUUUCAUAUCAUCUUCAUGUGUCAUUCCAAGGUUUCUUCAAGAGUCAUUCCAGGUCUUCUAGUCCAUACCACAGUGCCUUGAAAAAGCACCACAUGAAUAAAGCAAUAAAAUUUGAUUAUUAAGUUUCAGUAGUAGACCGAACUUCUUCAGUACAGAAUGAGUUUUAUGUGGUUAUUAAAACUUAUGGCUAAUUAGGUUAAAUCUGUGUAGACAGGGUAUAGGUUUUGUUAACCCUAAUGUGUAAAUGCAAUUAGCUUAAUUUAAAUUUUGGAAUCUUAAGGUUUUAUAUAUAGCUAGGCACUUUAUUACUCUUUGAAUGGAAAGCACACUCCAUUAUAGGGUCAUGAACUAUCCUAUAAUAAGGUGCUUAUAAAUGGACAACCACACAGCCUAGUUUUACCACAAUCAUUGUCACCUAAAUUUUUUAAAAAGCUUCAGGACAUAAGUAGAGAUGCUGACAGCUGCAUCUGUUUAAAACUAUAAUGUUUCUGUUACACAGCCUUGAAUUUUGCAUGGCUAAGUAUAGUCACCUAAGAUCCCAUUUGAAACUCGGUUCAGAGUUUUGUAACUGAAUCAGUAAUUGCAGUUUCACUAAAAGCUAUCACGAUGGAAUGAAAUUAGGGAUGGUUUGCUUAUGUCAUACAGAUUUCACCAGAAUUAACUCAUCAAGGGGUUUAUUGUGCCAGACAAAAAGGGGAAAGACUGCAAGAAAUAAAUGCCGUGUCAGAACAUGUUGAGUCCAGUGUGCCAUACGAUAGCUUACUUAGCAUGUUAAUUGCACUGUUAAUACCAAAAAGGCACAUCAACUAAAAAGUUAUGAUUGAAAUUUCUUAGGGCUCUAGGUAUAUCACUCUAAAAGCAUUUGAAGUUAAAUGAAUUACUGAUGAGUAUCAGUCUAGUCUUCCUUUGUAUGUCUUUAUAGGUUGUGAUCACAUUUUCUUUUUCCUAAUAGUAAUGGUGUGCGUGAUGAGGCAGGUUUGGGGUUUUCUGGUACUAUUGAGAACUGCAAGUCCUGACUAUGUACUUAGCCAGACCAUAGUGCAGAAACCACACAGUGUGUGCUUAUGAAUUGGAAGAAGCCUGCUUCUGUUUGCUGUUUGCCUCAGGAGACCUUGUGAAAUAAGCUGUUUUCAAAGGAACAGAAGGGAAACUUGUUCUGUAAGCAGUGUACACCUCACAGGGGACUUUGGAUCUCCUCAGAUGUGGAGGAGAGUGAAGGGAAGUGGUUAGGGAUGCACAGGAACAUGUGUUUGAACAGGAAAGGAAGCUGGCUGUGGGUCCGCAGGGUCAUGGCCGAUGGUUACCUGCCCCUUUUCACCCAGUAAGUGAAUCUCUGCACUUGAUUCCCUCUGAAGCAAGUCUUGACUGAUUCUAUUUUACUAUAACUUUUAAAGUGAAAGAUGCUCUCUAAAUUUAUAGCAGGUGCCUUAUUUCCUUUGAAUCAAAUCAUUCCAUACCAGAUUUCCCUUGGUUUGCUCUAGGUAAUUGGCUUUAGGGUAUUUUUGUUUUUAAACAUAUAAUGUUUUAAUUAAUUUGUUAAAUUGCUAUAGCCAGCAAUCAUUUCACACUUGUAAAAUUACAUUCCCUUUGUAUCUCCUGUAAUUCACCUAUUGAGUACAUUUUAUAUUCAGGUUGGAUAUGCAUGUUUGGGUCAAUGAAAGCUGUGUCUGUUUGAUUUAUGGUUUAAAAAUAAAGUUCCCUGGAUAUUUGA